AUGGGGCUCACCUUAGCACCUCUCUCCUGGAGGGGACUCCUGCUUGCAGCCUCACUUUUAACCUACUGGAACUCUCCCGCCACUGCCCAAGUCACUCUUGAAGCAGUUCCGCCUGACGUUGCAGAAGGGGCAAACGUCCUUCUACAGGUCCACAAUCUGACAGAGAAAUCCCUCGUCUUUUACUGGUACAAGGGGAAGUUUGAGAAUUCGAGUAAUGAAAUAGCACGAUUUGUAGUAUCCACUAGUACAACUAUACUAGGGCCUGCACACAGUGGCAGAGAGACAAUAUACCACAAUGGAUCCCUGCUCUUCCAGAAUGUCACUCAGAAUGACACUGGAACCUACUUGCUACAAAUGAUCUUGGAAAACUUUGAUAAUGAAAAAGCAUCCGUGCAGUUCCAUGUACACCAACCACUAUCCAAGCCCAGAAUCACAACCAACAAUUCCAAUCCCAUGGAGGGUGAGGACUCGGUAGCAUUAACGUGUGAGCCCAAGACUCAGAAGACAACCUACUUGUGGAGGAUAAAUAACCAAAGCCUCUCAGAAGAUGACAGGCUGAAGCUGUCUGAGGACAACACAACUCUCACUUUAUUCACUGUUGUGAGAACGGACACAGGACCCUAUGAGGGUGAAACCCGGAAUCUAGUGAGCGACUCCCGAAGUGACCCCUUCACUCUGAACAUUACCUAUGGUCCAGAUGUCCCCAUCAUCUCCCCCUCAAAUACUCAUUUCCAGACAAGGACAAACCUCAGCCUCUCCUGUCACACAGCCUCUAACCCACCUGCACAGUACUCUUGGUCUGUCAAUGGAGAGCUCCGGGCAUCCUCCCAAGAGCUCUUUAUCCUCAACAUCUCUACUAAUAAUAGUGGAUCCUAUACCUGCCUCGUCUAUAACUCUGUCACUGGCCUCAAUAGGACCACAGUCAAGAACAUUACAGUCCUUGAGGCAGUGACUCUGCCCAUCAUCCAAGUCAUCAACACCACAGUCAAAGAACUGGAAUCUGUGAACCUGACCUGCUCUUCAGAAGACACAGGGAUCUCCAUCCGUUGGCUCUUCAAUGGCCAGAGUCUGGCCCUCAAGGGCAGGAUGAAGCUGUCCAACAACAACAGCACCCUCAGCAUAGACCCUGUCAGGAGAGAGGAUUCUGGGGAGUAUCAGUGUGAGGUCUCCAAUCCAGUCAGUACCAAGAGGAGUAACCCCAUCCAGCUGGACAUAAUAG